CUCCUGUAAGGCGCCUCCGGGUGUCUUCCUCUGCGCUACGACGCGCCUGUGUGCCCAGUGCGCCUCCGAGGACGACUGAGGAUACUUGAGGUUGUUCCAGGGAUACUUUUCGUGCCUGUAGUGUCGUCGAAUAACGUUGGAUAACGCAGAAUGUGGACACAACAAGAAAUGCACAAAGCGGCUGAGGUGGAAGUGAGGAAAAGUGAAGUGUGAGGCUGAGAAUGUGGCGGGGACACCACGGGGCAACUGGGCUGCAAGUUUCCUGAGCUUGGAGAUUUGACGAGGGCGCAACAAGAGGGGAACGUGUUAAUGCUGCGCGCUGGAUCAGCCCUGCAGUACACUGUAUUCAUUGGCAGAUCAACUCAAAAUCAAACUAUAUGAACAAUAAGUAAAAGAAAAGCAAUCUUAAUUUAGGACGCAGUUUACAAAGAAACCACUCUGGAUCCAAAUUAAUCUACAGCACUUUUCCCAAAAUUAUUCGGCUGCCCCCUCCUCCGAUCCUUUUCCCUUCAUUUUUUGCAAUUCUGAUUCCCGAAGUGGCUCCGAAGUGGUGUUGCGCCUCCUCGUCCCCGGCGGAUCCGGAGAUUGGAGUCUCUGCACCGGGAGGAGGCGGGGUGGGAUCUCCGGCCACACCGCAGGCUCCAAAGAGCGCCCGCGUCAAAAGGAUGGUGCGACUGGCGGCGGAACUGCUGCUCCUCCUGGGACUUCUUCUCCUUACCUUGCACAUCACGGUACUGCGGAGCAGCCCGCUACCCCAGGGAAAUGAAACUCUGAGCCUGGAUCAGGACACAGCACUUACAGAGCAGAACAAUAUAAAUGCAAAAAGCAGCUCUUCUGCCCAACUGGCUUCUGAGGACCGGAGGUCUGGUCCAGAACACCGGUUGGCCCACCGGCCUGCCACCCUACCCUGGGCACAAGGCAGCAACGUACACAGGGACGGGCCCGGAGCUUUCCUCCUCGACCUGCACAACUUCCCCGACCUCUCCAAAGCUGAUAUCAAUGGACAGAAUCCCAACAUACAGGUGACCAUUGAAGUGGUGGAUGGACUGGAGGGCCACGAGCCAGAAAAAGGCCUCCGUAAGGAGAGCAAACCCAACUGGGCUUCUCCUAACUGGAGAAACUGGUGGCCUCGCUCUUCUCCACCCUCCUCCUCCACCACUCAUCAGACAGAGGAGCAUGAUCGCACCUACGGGAGCAACAGCGAGGACAGCAACUUCCUCAGGCCGCCGGCAGACUGGGACAGGAGAGGAGGCACCGGGGGAGGAAGCAAAGCUCAAACUGAAUAUGACUAUAUGGAUGCAGAGGGGGACUGGAGUAACUGGACAGCGUGCAGCGUCACCUGUGGAAAUGGCAACCAGAAGAGAACCAGGUCAUGUGGUUACGCCUGUACAGCCACCGAGUCCAGAACUUGUGAUAUGCCCAACUGCCCAGGUAUUGAAGACGCCUUCAAGACAGCAGCUACUGAAGUGAGCCUGUUAGCUGGAACAGAUGAGUUCAAUGCCACAGAGCUCUUUGGUGUUGACACAGACAGCUGCGAGCGAUGGAUGAACUGCAAGAGCGACUUCUUGAAGAAGUACAUGACCAAGGUGGCAAACGACCUUCCCAGCUGCCCUUGCUCUUACCCAACCGAAGUGGCGUACAGCACAGCAGACGUACAUGACGCUCCCACGCGCCGAGAUUUCCGUUGGAAAGACGCCAGCGGGCCAAAAGAGAAGCUGGAGAUCUACAAGCCCACGGCCCGUUACUGCAUCCGCUCCAUGCUGACACUGGAGUCCACCACGCUGGCAGCACAGCACUGCUGCUACGACGACAGCAUGAAGCUCAUCACUCGCGGCAAAGGGGCCGGCACGCCCAACCUCAUCAGCACAGAGUUCUCAGCCGACCUGCACUACAAGGUGGACAUCCUGCCCUGGAUCAUCUGCAAAGGGGACUGGAGCCGAUACAACCAGGCUAGGCCGCCGAACAACGGGCAGAAGUGUCCCGACAACCCUCAGGAUGAUGACUACUACAAACAGUUUGAAGAAGCAAGGGAAUUCUAGCCGCCUGUAGAGUGAAAGGCAAAAAACAUACACUGCUUAAAUAUCCAGCUAAACCUAAAAAAUUGUGCCGUUUUAGAUCAAAUAACACAAGAACUUUUAGGCUCUAAGGAAAAAGACUUACUGCUCUUUUGAACCAAGAGGAAUACAAAUCCAACAGAGUCAGAACACUUACUUGCUCACAAGGAACUUUUCUUGACUUCACCAAAACCAGGCACACAAUGUUGCUCUGUUUUUGUUUAGAAUUUUUUUUUUAUAAAAUAAGCCUCUGAAAAAAAUGUAUACGAAUUCCGCCAGUAUUUGCAUCACCAAUAAUAUCUCUUUCAGAUCUGAUCACUAAAGGGAGAACAGAGUUUGUAUUCUAAAAAAGGGAAAAUGAUUAUUUUAGGAAUGUCCGUUUAGAUUGAGUCCAUGUUCGUCUUCAUUGUUUAUGUUUGGUGAAUCUGAGAGGCCUGUGUUAAUAGAAUAAUGAGAUU